AUGGCAGAACUAACAGCCAGAGGUGCCAACGACUCUGUGCAACCACUCUUGUCGCAGGCAGUUGGAUAUGUAAUCGUAGUGGUCAUUGGCCUGAUCAUCGCUUUUGCGAUGAUGCUUAUCACCAAGGUCCUCAAGAAGACAACGGGAGAAGACAAUAAGAAGACGGAAAUGUUCAUGACAGCCAAUCGAACUGUUCGGACCGGCUUAACAGCAUCAGCCGUGAUAUCCUCCUGGCUUUGGACAACAGCCAUGCUGGGCUCAUCAUUUGUCGGAUAUGACUAUGGUGUAGCGGGCCCAUUUUGGUUUGCUGCUGGAUGCAGUCCGAUGAUUGUCUUCUUCGCCCUCAUUGGAAUAUCCUGCAAGCGCAAAAUUCCAGAGGCACACACUUCUCUUGAAGUGGUCAGGAUCCGAUAUGGUCGGACCGCUCAUAUUGUAUUCAUGAUACUCUGUCUGGUCAACAAUAUCUUCGCCUGUGCGAACAUGCUCCUCGGAGCUGCUGCUGUCAUAUCUGCUGUAACUGGUAUGCACAUUAUCGCUGCCACAUUUCUUCUGCCCGUUGGUGUGACCGUCUAUACUUUUGUUGGUGGUAUUAAAGCGACAUUCCUCACCGACUACUUCCACACAGCGAUCAUCCUUAUCAUUGCAUGUUACUUCUCUAUCAAAGCUUUCACAUUCGACGGGGUCGGUUCCAUCGGCAGGUUAUACGACCUCGUCCAAGCUGCUGCACAAAGACACCCAGUUUCAGGAAAUCAUGAUGGGACAUACCUGACGAUGACAUCUAAAGGGGCGAUGCUCUUCGGGAUCCUGCACAUUUGCUCCAAUUUUGGUCUCGUUAUUAUGGAUACAAGUUAUUUCAUCAAAGCAUUCUCCGCCGCACCAUCCUCUGUAGUUCCGGGAUACACGAUCGGAGGUAUCGCAUACUUCGCCAUCCCAUGGGCACUAGGGACCAUCAUGAGCUCCGUGGCCAUUGGUCUAGAAAACCAGCCAUCCUUCCCUACGUAUCCGAGAAGAAUGACCACAAGCGAAGUCAGUGGAGGUCUCGUCCUACCUUACGCCGCGAUGACGAUCGCAGGCAAAGGCGGAGCAGCAGGAAUUCUUCUAAUCACAUUCAUGGCCGUGACAUCCACGCUUUCCGCACAGGUAAUCGCAGUCAGCUCCAUUCUCAGCUUCGACGUCUAUCGCGAAUACUUCAACAAAAAAGCAUCCGAUCGCGACAUUAUUCGUUCCAGUCACUUCGGUGUGAUUUUCUUCGCCGCGUUCUCGGCCGGAUUUAGUACCAUGCUUCAUUAUGUUGGGAUCGAUCUUGGUUGGACAUUAUAUAUGCUCGGCGUCGUCACAUGCCCCGGCAUCUUCCCAAUGGCAUUUACUAUUCUCUGGCGCCGCCAAAGCACUGUUGCUGCCAUUCUCUCGCCCGUUCUGGGGAUGGCAACGGGGAUUGGUGUCUGGCUUGGAACCGCCCAGCACUUCUACGGUUCCAUUUCUGUUUCCGCGACGGGUCAAAUACUGCCAUGUGUAUAUGGAACUGUCGCAUCUGCAUUCUCGCCUAUUCUAUAUUCCGUCGUUAUCACACUAGCUCGCCCCCAGAAUUACGAUUGGAAUGAUUUCAAAAAGGAGAAACUUGCCCUAGAACGACUGGAUAGCGAUUUGACAACCGUGUAUAACCACAAAAAAGGCAUCCGACAGGAAAGCAGAUUAGAAGAAGGCGCUCGACCGUCCUCGGGGUUUGAUCCGCAGGAAUUGAAACGAUGGGGUCGCAUUGCGGCAUUUUGGUCCAUCGCCACGUUCCUUGGUCAUUGGGUUAUUUGGCCGUUGCCGAUGUAUGGGUCGAAGUAUGUUUUUGGGAAGGGGUUUUUUUCGGCGUGGAUUGUUGUCGCUAUCAUCUGGCUUUGGUUGACUAUGCUUGUGGCUAUCUUUUAUCCUAUUUUUGAUGGUGGUAUACAGCAGAUCAAACAGGUUUAUCGGGGUCUGAGAGUUGGUAAUAAGACGAAGGAAGAGGUCGGGAACGAGAGCUCGUCGUCUCCUUCGAUAAGCGAUACAGCAGAGGAGGCGAAGAGAGAAGACCGGACCUAG